AUGUCGCAACGGCCUGCUGUCGCACCUCGCGCAUCUGCUGCCACACUCAAGUCUUCCUCGGACGAGACCGUAGCUGCCUACCCAAAUGACGAGGAUGAGAAGAAGACCGGCGCUGCAGCCUCGGCGACUGGCUCUCAACCACCGCCGUCUGUAGGCAAGACAAAGGACGGACAAGCAUUCGUCGUACCUCACACACCAGACAUGCUCUCUUCCAUCUUCGACCCUCGCGAGCCAAAGACGCCCCUGGACUUCAUCACCAUUGCAUCCCUCACUCUGCAGAUCUUCCUCUACUUUGUCCUCCCGCGGUCAGCCGCACGCUGGUUCUUCGUCUUCUACUUUGCCAUUUGGAGAGCAGCCUACGAUGGUGGACUAGGCUACAUCCUCAAGCAACAGUCGGAGCGCAGCUGGAUCACAAAGACGGUCAAGGCACAGGGAUGGUUCGACCCUAAGCGAAACCCUCAGUCCUACAAGUGGGUACGAUCACACCUCGAGACAAAGAUGGAAAAGGAUUACAAGUUUGAGGACUGCCCACUUGAGUACAACGUUUGGAUCUUCUUCCGCUCCAUCGUAGACGUCAUUCUUCUGAACGACUUUGUGAGCUACUCCCUCUUCGCCUUCUCUUGCACUCGUCUGCCAGAGGGCUUAUGGGUAGUAGGCUGGGCAUUGAUUGCCUUCAACCUGUGGGUCAAGAUUGACGCUCACCGAGUUGUCAAGGACUACGCCUGGUACUGGGGAGACUGCUUCUUCACCAUCACAAAGGACCUCGUCUUCGAUGGUGUAUACGAGAUCGCACCCGACCCGAUGUACUCGCUCGGCUACGCAGGCUACUACGGCCUGUCUCUCGUAUCGGGGUCGUACGCCGUCCUCUACGUCUCGCUUGCGGCCCACCUCGCACAGUACAACCCUCACAUUGAAAGGACCUACGGUGAGAAGAAGCCCUUGGCUGCUCGUGUGCCAUUGUCCGAAGCACCGUACAAUGCUGCAUCGGCAUCAGUCGCUGCGGGUGGCGAUGGCGGCGAGCCAGCUCCUUCGUCGAGCGCAUCACCUGCUCACAGCUUCUCCUCUAGGAGCAACGCAAGCAUCACAGACGCAACUUCUAUCACUUCCGACGAUGAAGAGCCUCUCAGUCCCCGUCUGCUCACCAGCGACGUCAUGCGCGGCCGAGAGCCAUCGCGAAGCAGCCACUCGAAGAUCACCAACCUUCACGACCUGCACCACAAGCUCUUCCGCAAGGACACCGUCGUCUACAAGAACCUCGAUUUGCUCAGAGGCACAGACUUCCUCCUCGUGGUCUGCGGUCUCUAUGCCGUUGUCCCUCUCAUGCUGCCUGCCACCAUGGGACCCAAGACACGGCUUGCAUUGUACUUCACCAAUGCCCUCGCCUGGCGUGUCUUCCAUUCGGGAGCUCUUGGUCUUCUUCUCAAGGCUCAAUCCGAGUCAAAGUGGAUGGUGCGCCACUUCCUCAAGCACUACAACUACGAUGAUCCAUCAGAGGCAGUCUUUGAGGCAUUUGGCUCGUUCAAGACCAUCUACAAUGCUUCGCUCGUUAUGUGCUACGCUCCUCUUGGCGGCGACUGGACAGUGGGUACUGAUCUCCUCCCUCUUCAUAUCUGGGCCGCUAACUCAUCCUACAAGGUUCUUGGACCAUUUGGCUGGUUCUACGGCGACUUUUUCAUUGACGAGUACCCGCAUCAGCUCUACUACACCGGCAUCUAUCGAUUCCUGAACAACCCAGAGAGAUCAAUGGGCGGUGCUGCCUGGUUUGGUCUCGUCCUCAUCAGCGGCUCGAAGCUCGCACUCGUCGUCGCCGUCCUGUCCUACCUAGCCCACUGGGCGUUCCUCUCUGGUGUAGAGAACCCACACAUGCGCAAGUUGUACGGAGAAGCCGCUAUCUCUCGCCAGGGCGGUGUGACAAAGCAGCUCAAGGGCGUGGCCAACCGCAACGCGAGCCUGCUCAAUGCAGCCAAGUCCCACCCUGCCGUUGCCGAAGUCCGUGGCACGCUCGAGAAAGUGCAAAAGGACGCGACCUCUGUCUUGGACGAGUUUGUCAGGGAGUCGGGCAGUCGACUGGAGAGGAUGAAGGAGGAGGGCAAGAAGGUCUGGCUUAGGGGCAAGGACAGGCUGCUGAUCGUGAGGUCUGGCGACAAGGUCAAGACCAUUGACCGCAGCGUCUUUGCUGUCAAGGUCCUGGAGCCACCCAGGGAGGAAGACGAGGGAGGCGCCACUGCCUCACAGCCAUCGUCCUCAAGCUCGUCGCCCGUGGUGCGCUACCACCUAGGUUGUCCCGUCUCGGUAGCCUGGUCCGUGAAUUCGCCCACGGGUCACUCCAAGCGCGACUGGGUGGGCAUCUACCUGAUCAGUCGCUUCGGCGAGCCCGGCUCGGCAGACCGAGAGGAGAACAGACUGGUCACUCGCAUCAGCAGUCAAGGCGCUUGGCUACCCGUUGUGGGUGACGAGGAAGUCGUUGAGCAGAACAGGGUGGACACGGAUGUCGCUAGCGAUAGCGAGGGUGAAAUGAAGAAUGGAACUACCACUGCCACUUCUGCAGGCACAGCUGGGCCUACACAGGGUAAAGUGACAUUCCAGUCUUCUCACCUGCCAUGGAAGACGGGCAUGUACGAGGCAAGAUACCACCACGAUGGCAAGCAAGACGUCCUCGCCCGCUCAGCCCCAUUCGAGAUCUACGUUGAGCGGCCCAUGGCAGAUGCAGCCGCAGCUACCAGCAGCAACGGUAGUCGCCUCUUCUCCUCCAGCCCCAAGCUACGAAGAGGUCUACACUAUCCUGGCCCGCCUAACAGUCUACGCCCUGGACUCUUCUCAUCUCCACUCCCCCCGAUCCCAAACCGGAAGACCUCGUCACCACUCUUUCAUGAUGAAGAUCCCGACGAUUUCACCAUUUGGGACGUUGCUCAAGCCAAACGCAUUGCACUUGGAAUCAAAGAGGCAUUUGGAGUUGAGUUUACCUCCGAAGUGGUAGUGGCAGAGGCUAAUGUGAGGAGAUUGGCAGAGGAUGUGAUUGAGGCGAGGAGAUUGUUGGGAAGGAGGUGA